UUCAAUCGUUAACAUCUACAAGGUUUUGAACAGCGCUUAUACAUUUUUCUCUCGUGUCCUGGUGGCCAGCAGCCGACGUAAGAAUGCAAGCAGUCUGCACGCGUGCUCGCGCUGUUAGCGGCCCCGCCCCCGUCAAGCGUACUAGCAGCCAGCUGGUUGUGCGCGCGCAGGCGGUGUCGGAGGCUUCGUCCUCGACCUCGUUCAAGCUCCCGACGAAGGCACCCCUGCCUAAGGAUGCGGAGGGCGUCAAGGCCGUGAUCGCCAAGUCGCACGAGAUCCACGGCCAGGGUCGCUCCAUGUGGUUCUGCCUUAGCGGCGCCGGCAAGCGCGGCUUCGCUGGGACGUACCUGGCGCACGCCGACACCAUCGACUGGCAGUCAAUUUCCAGCGGCUCCAUGGACUCGUACAACAUUUACAGCUAGAUGUGUAAAGCUGCAGCUGCUUUCAUUUCAUAGGUGCAGAUUAUUUCGGAGCGAACAGGAACCUAGUGCUCACUUGGUGUAGAUGGGCCGGUCAGGGCGGGUCAGGGUGCAUGAUUGGAGAGCCGGGCAUGAAGAGGGAGAGCUCGUACUGCGUGUGGUACAAGGGUAGUUCGUGUGCGAAGUACGUAGGUGCGCAAGUGCGUAAGCACAUAACUAAAGGCAUGUGGGUGGUGCGGCGCAAUGCAGGCUUGCAGGGGCUCUCGAGAUGUGGGCAGGCAUGGACAUUGCGGUGGUGCAUUGCGGGUGGCCUCGGACUUUGUUGCUGAGGGCCUUCCCGGGUGCUGGGGAAUCAGUGGCUAAUGUACGCGGUUGGAGCCGACGCCGCGGCCGUUUGCCAUGUCCAGCUCCUGGUGCUGGGGCCAUAGGGGCGCACACGCCCACUUGGUGCUCAGCGUUGCGAUGCACGUGGCGGGCUAGGCUGAGCCGCUGAGGUGCACAGUCACGGCUGUCAAUUGGAGGUAGGGAGGUUCCAUGGUUGGAGCGAUGUCCGCUUCAGACCCGGGGUGCCCGUGCCCCUGCUUCAAACGGUGACGGUAUAGCAGGGGCAUCCCCAGCGGUAAACUGGUUAAACCGUGCAUGA